UGUGAUACUUAGAGGCAUCUGACAACGCUAAACUGGAAACGUGGAGUCAGAGUGUGUACAGUAGGCGGUGCUUGAGUCAAUAAAUAAAUAGGCUUACAAGAAAUCCUCUCUAAACUGACUGGUCGUAGACAAUACACCAUAAAGGAAUACACGGGCAGAGAAAAUUUGACAAAAUGUGGAAUAGGAUAUUUUUUUGUGGACUGGUUGUCUGUCUCAUCUGCCUCACUGACCAGACUCAGGGCCAGAAAGCACCUUUAGUUGUUCAAGGGACAGAUUGCACACAGAUUAAAACUCUCUCCCCUCGAGCCACCAGUGGAGUGUAUGUCAUUCAACCUGCAGGAGUCAGAUUCCCCUUUAAGGUGUAUUGUGAGAUGCUGGUGGACGGAGGCUGGACAGUCUUUCAAAGGCGCACCGGAGCAGAGGUUCUUUUCAACAGGAAGUGGGCAGUGUACAAACAAGGCUUUGGGCAUAUACGGAAGGACCACUGGCUGGGUCUGAGUAAGGUGUUUGCUCUAACAAAGGGCAGAGGGCGAAGAUCGACCAUGCGGGUCGACCUGUGGGACUUUGAAGGGAGCACUGCCUUCGCUGAGUACAGUGACUUCCGUCUGGGCACGGAGAAGGAGGCCUAUAAGCUGAACGUUGGAGCCUACAGGGGCAACGCAGGUGACGCCAUCCGUGGGAAAUACGCCGGCAUUGACCAAAAUGGCUUUGGCUUCAGCACAAACGACAAGGACAAUGAUGGCUGCUCGCCCUGCAUCUUUGGCGACAUCGCCGAGAACACGUGCAGCUUCUCGGAGGGAGGAGGAGGGUGGUGGUACAGUCGCUGUGGCUCUGCCAGCCUAAACGGAGACUGGCACCCCGCCGGCGAACACAUCGGCUGGGCCUCCGGCCUCCACUGGGAGACCUGGAAAGGACCUGCCCCAUACUCGGCCCGAGCGAGCCGCAUGAUGAUUAAGUCUGUGUGAGGCCAUGUCUCAAUACAUCUGAAAUGGUUUCCUAGGCCUGUCUCCUUUGCUUUAUGACCACCGGUCUGCGCCACGUUAGUGGGCAUGUGUAGAGGAAACCAUUGAAAUAACUGGAACACACACAGCUAUGUGUUCCAUGGAGUGAUGCCUGCAUAUUGUGCCAUAUUGCUUCGCUUGAAUGGUCUGUUUAUUAGGGUCUGUUGUGCAAUCAACACACUGUAUUUGUUUUUCCCAUUCGCUUUGUUGUAUUAUAUCAUGGUGCAUAAAUCAGAGCCAACAUGUAAGUGACAGAAAUAGAAAAUAUCAAUUUUUUUACCCUCUAAAGUCUACCAUGAGUUAUGUUUUCAGUGAAGAGAAAAUACCAUGUGAAAGUUUUAUUUGUUACACUGCAACAAUUCUACAUCCAACUUCUGAAGUUUCAUCACAUAGUUUGACUAUUUAUAUUGUAGAAUGUUGAUAUUGCACGCAUUUUUAAAUAAAAUACAUUUUUGAACAUU